CCUAAGCACCUCUCUCAUAUCACCUGUGCAGGACCUGUUCACUACCCACAGGAUCACCAUGGGGACAACCAAGGAUACACCGAUAUGGAGGCUGAUAUGCCUGGUACUACUGAUCAGAUCAACACAAACAGUGAGCCCCACCACAAGUGUAACAAUCAUCCCGACUAUGAUCACGACUAUACCCACACUUUCAGGAGUGAAUGUCUCACACAAUGACCAGGUCUGCAGCACAUGGGGUAACUAUCACUUCAAGACCUUUGACGGGGACUUUUUCCAGCUCCCCUCUACCUGCAACCAUGUUGUGACCUCACUGUGUAAGAGCAGCUAUGAGGCUUUCAACAUCCAGAUGAGGCGGCAGGUGGUGGACAACCAGCCCACCAUUAGCAAGAUCACCAUGAAGCUGGAUGGUGUAGUGGUGGAGCUAUCCAAGGGUGUUGUUGUGGUCAAUGGGCAGACGGUGACCCUGCCGGUCAGCUUGUCUGGAGUCAGCAUCGUGAAGACUACAUCCAAUGUGAAGGUCAUAGCCAAACUGGGGCUGGUUGCUGUUUGGAACAAGGAUGACUCCCUUUUGAUUGAAAUGAACGAGAAGUACAGAAACCAGACCUGCGGACUGUGUGGUGACUUCAAUGAAGUCCAAACAUACAAUGAGUUCAUCAUCAAUGGUGGGAAACUCUCUAGCUCUGACUAUGGAAACCUCUGGAAACUGGAUGGUCCCCUGGAAGUCUGUGAGGAGCCUACACUAACUUCUGAGGAGAGUUGUGGAGAUGAGGAAUUUUGUCAGCAGCUGUUCUCCAGUGCAGCUUUCAGUAGCUGCACUAAUUAUUUGGACAAGGACGCCUUCGUCGAGACCUGCCUGGCUGACCUGUGCCACUGUGAUAACAGCACCAACUCCUUCUGCCUGUGCAACACUAUCUCAGAGUACUCCCGUCAGUGUGUUCAUGCAGGGGGGAAGCCCCAGCAAUGGAGGACUGAACAGUUCUGCUAUAAGACAUGCCCCGACAACAUGGAGUACCAGGAGUGUGGAAGCCCCUGUGUUGACACCUGCUCCAACCCAGUGGCCAGACAGUUGUGUGAAGACCACUGUACAGGCGGCUGCUUCUGUCCUCUAGGUACUGUUUUCGAUGAUGUCAACAACAGUGGCUGUAUUCCAGUGAGCGAAUGCCUCUGUGUCCACAAUGGACAAUUAUACAAGUCUGGAGAAUCUUACACCAGCAACUGUAAAGAAUGCACCUGUGCUGGUGGUCAGUGGGCCUGCACAGACAAGGACUGUCCUGGGACCUGCUCUGUGGAGGGAGGAUCCCACAUCAACACCUAUGAUGGGAAAGCCUACACCUUUCACGGGGGCUGCUCUUACAUUCUGACCAAGCAAUGCAAUGGAACUGAAUUCACCGUGCUGGGAGACAUUGUGAAGUGUGGGUUGACUGACACUGAGACAUGUAUGAGGGCUGUUACCCUUGCCCUCUCCAGCAGAUCCACCGUGAUCCGAGUCCAGUCAUGUGGAAGUGUUUUUGUAAAUCAGAUUCUUUCUCAGCUCCCACUCUAUACAGCUGAAGUGACCGUCUUCAAGCCCUCCUCAUUCUUCAUUGUUAUCCAGACAACUCUUGGAGUUCAACUUCAGAUCCAGCUUUCACCAGUUAUGCAGAUCUACAUAACUGCCAUCUCAUCCUACAAAGGAACAACCUGUGGCCUUUGCGGAAACUACAAUAAUGUUCAGGCAGAUGAUUUCAGAGUCAUCAGUGGAUUGGUGGAGGGCACAGCUGUAGCUUUUGCCAACACAUGGAAGACCAUGUCUAGCUGCCCUGAUGUCAAGACUAGCUUUGAAAACCCCUGCAGUUUGAGCAUUGAAAAUGAGAAAUAUGCCCAGCACUGGUGUUCCAUGUUAUCAGAUCCUAAAGGAGUGUUCUCACCUUGCCAUUCUGAAAUAAGACCUGACACCUACAAAACCAAUUGCAUGUAUGACAGCUGUAACUGUGAGAAGAGUGAGGACUGCAUGUGUGCUGCCGUCUCCUCUUAUGUCCACGCUUGUGCUGCCGAGGGUAUCCAGCUCACUGGCUGGAGAGACACUAUCUGCAGUGAGUAGACAAUGCAUAAAUUUGCCACUUGCCCCAGUCAAACAGUUUAUACCUACAACAUGACCAGCUGUGGACGCACCUGCCGCUCCCUGAGCAUGACAGACCAAUCUUGCCAGGUGGAGUUUGUUCCAGUGGACGGAUGUGGCUGUGCAGAGGGCACCUACAUGGACGAGGCUGGCCAGUGUGUUGCCCCCACCAACUGUCCCUGCUAUGACAAGGGCUCGGUGGUCCCUGCAGGAGAGACUAUCAGCAGAGACGGUGCCACCUGCACUUGCAGACAAGGGACACUGAGUUGCACUGGGGGAGCAAUAUUAUCCCCAGUAUGCACACUGCCAAUGGUUUUCUUCAACUGCUCAACUGUACCUCCAGGAGCGUCAGGUUCAGAGUGUCAAAAGAGCUGCAAAACUCUGGACAUGACCUGUAUUAGCACAGAGUGCACAUCAGGUUGUAUGUGCCCCAACGGACUGGUGUCUGAUGGAAACGGAGACUGCAUCAAGGAGGAACUUUGUCCUUGUGCUCACAAUGGAGCUACUUACCAAGCUGGAGAGACCCUUAAGGUUGACUGCAAUACAUGUACUUGCAAGGACAGACAAUGGCAGUGUACCACACAUCUCUGUGAUGGAGUUUGUGCAAUCUAUGGAGAGGGUCACUAUAUCACUUUUGAUGAGAAAAGGUUCAACUUUAAUGGAAACUGUGAAUACACUCUCAUUCAGGACUACUGUGGCAAUACUAAUGGCAGUGGCAGCUUCAGAGUUCUCACUGAGAAUGUUCCUUGUGGAACUAAAGGCACCACCUGCUCCAAGACCAUCAAGCUCUUCCUGGGGACCAGUGAGCUCAUACUGGCAGAUGGGAACGCUCAAGUUGUCAGGAGUACUCCAGAAGAGCAGUUUCCUAAACAGAUCAGCCUUCUGGGGAAUUAUCUGGUCAUUGAAGUCAAAAGUGGUCUAAUCCUCAUGUGGGACAAGAAGACCAGUCUCUUUAUCAAGCUUAGCCCACAAUACCAGGGGCUGGUGUGCGGUCUGUGUGGAAACUAUGACGGCAACGCAAACAAUGACUUCACCACUAGAGCCCAAGCGACUGUUGUUGAUCCGGUGGAAUUUGGAAACAGCUGGAAAGUUUCAUCAAGCUGUCCAAGCGUAACCGCUGUAGUGCACCCAUGUGCCUCCAACCCGUACAGAGCGUCUUGGGCCCAGAAACAGUGCAGCAUCAUUAACAGUGAUGUCUUCACAGCCUGCCAGAACCAGGUGGACCCCUCUCCUUACUACGAUGCUUGUGUGAGAGACUCAUGUGCUUGUGACAGUGGUGGAGACUGCGAGUGCUUCUGUACCGCAGUGGCAGCUUAUGCAAAGGCCUGUAAUGAAGCUGGAGCAUGCGUAGCCUGGAGAACCCCUCGAAUUUGCCCACUGUUCUGUGAUUACUACAACCCUACUGGAGAAUGUGAGUGGCACUACAAGGCAUGUGGAGCUCAGUGUAUGAAGACCUGCAGAAACCCUUCCGGAGACUGUUCUAGUUUAAUUCCAGCAUUGGAAGGCUGCUAUCCUAACUGUCCUGCGGCACAACCUUACUUCAAUGAGGAGACAAUGAAGUGUGUGGAGAGGGAACAAUGUGGCUGUUAUGACUAUGAAGGAAACCAGUACACCAAUGGACAGAAUCUUCCGGCACAAAAUUGUGAAACAUGCACCUGCACAAUGACUGGAGUGAGCUGUAGUUAUGAUGUAAAUGAUUGUACAUGCUUGCAUAAUGGUAAACAACACCCAUAUGGAGAAACCCUCUACAAUACAACAGAUGGGAUUGGUAACUGCAUAGUUGCUGUUUGUGCCUCGAACGGAACCAUUACCAGGAACAUUUCGCCUUGUAAAGUGACCACAACUCCAGUACCAACCACAACAUCCCCUCUGACCACAACAACAACACAGGCCUCUACGACAACACUAAAGCCCACAACUGUCUUCCACUUCUCAACACCUGAACCAACAUCAACAUCAACAUGGACAUCAACAACAAUGGAGACCGCAACAACUACGGUACCCUCAACAAGUGGAGAAGAAUCUACAUCGACCACAGCUGAAACUUCAACAAAGGAAGAAACAACAACUGAGACCAUCGCAUCCACAAAGCCACCUAAAGAAGUCACCACAGGCCCAACAACCACUUUCCCCACUGUAAUUGUUGAAACCUCUACUUCAACAUCGCAGCCCACAGCAACAGGUGAAGAAACAUCAGGGCCAGUUGUCAUAACUUCCAAUCCCACUACUUUAACAACAACAACAGAGGUAACUACAUCUACCACAGGUGUAACUACAACAGUUGAAGAAACCACAACGGAGACAAUUUCAUCUACAGCCACAAAGCCACCUAAAGAAGUCCCCACGGGCCCAACAACCACUUCCACCACUGUAAAUGUUGAAACCUCUACUUCAACAUCACAGCCCACAGCAACAGGUGAAGAAACAUCAGGGCCAGUUGUCAUUACAUCCAAUCCCACUACUUUAACAACAACAACAAUUGCACCCACAACAACUACACCUACCACAGGUGUAACAACAACAGUUGAAGAAACCACAACGGAGACAAUUUCAUCUACAGCCACAAAGCCACCUAAAGAAGUCACCUCCGGCCCAACAACCACUUCCACCACUGUAAUUGUUGAAACCUCUACUUCAACAUCACAGCCCACAACAACAGGUGAAGAAACAUCAGGGCCAGUUGUCAUUACAUUCAAUCCCACUACUUUAACAACAACAACAGAGGUAACUACAUCUACCACAGGUGGAACUACAACAGUUGAAGAAACCACAACUGAGACAAUUUCAUCUACAUCCACAAAGCCACCUAAAGAAGUCACCUCCGGCCCAACAACAACUUCCACCACUGUAAUUGUUGAAACCUCUACUUCAACAUCACAGCCCACAGCAACAGGUGAAGAAACAACAGGGCCAGUUGUCAUAACUUCCAAUCCCACUACUAUAACAACAACUACAAUUGCACCCACAACAAUGACACAUACCACAGGUGUAACAACAACAGUUGAAGAAACCACAACGGAGACAAUUUCAUCUACAGCCACAAAGCCACCUAAAGAAUUCACCCCAGGCCCAACAACCACUUCCACCACUGUAAUUGCUGAAACCUCUACCUCAACAUCACAGCCCACAGCAACAGGUGAAGAAACAUCAGGGCCAGUUGUCAUUACAUCCAAUCCCACUACUUUAACAACAACAACAGAGGUAACUACACCUACCACAGGUGUAACGACAAGAGUUGAAGAAACCACAACGGAGACAAUUUCAUCUACAGCCACAAAGCCACCUAAAGAAGUCCCCACGGGCCCAACAACAACUUCCACCACUGUAAUUGUUGAAACCUCUACUUCAACAUCACAGCCCACAGCAACAGGUGAAGAAACAUCAGGGCCAGUUGUCAUAACGUCCAAUCCCACUACUUUAACAACAACUACAAUUACACCCACAACAAUGACACCUACCACAGGUGGAACGACAACAGUUGAAGAAACCACAACGGAGACAAUUUCAUCUACAGCCACAAAGCCACCUAAAGAAGUCCCCACGGGCCCAUCAACAACUUCCACCACUGUAAUUGUUGAAACCUCUACUUCAACAUCACAGCCCACAACAACAGGUGAAGAAACAUCAGGGCCAGUUGUCAUAACGUCCAAUCCCACUACUUUAACAACAACUACAAUUGCACCCACAACAACGACACCUACCACGGGUGGAACUACAAGAAUUGAAGAAACCACAUCUGAGUCAAUUUCAACUACAUCCACAAAGCCACCUAAAGAAGUCCCCACAGGCCCAACAACCACUUCCACCACUGUAAUUGCUGAAACCUCUACUUCAACAUCACAGCCCACAACAACAGGUGAAGAAACAUCAGGGCCAGUUGUCAUUACAUCCAAUCCCACUACUUUAACAACAACAACAGAGGUAACUACACCUACCACAGGUGGAACUACAACAGUUGAAGAAUCCACAACGGAGACAAUUUCAUCUACAGCCACAAAGCCACCUAAAGAAGUCCCCACGGGCCCAACAACCACUUCCACAACUGUAAUUGUUGAAACCUCUACUUCAACAUCACAGCCCACAACAACAGGUGAAGAAACAUCAGGGCCAGUUGUCAUAACGUCCAAUCCCACUACUUUAACAACAACUACAAACGCACCCACAACAACGACACCUACCACGGGUGGAACUACAAGAAUUGAAGAAACCACAUCUGAGUCAAUUUUAUCUACAGCCACAAAGCCACCUAAAGAAGUCACCUCCGGCCCAACAACAACUUCCACCACUGUAAUUGUUGAAACCUCUACUUCAACAUCACAGCCCACAACAACAGGUGAAGAAACAUCAGGGCCAGUUGUCAUUACAUCCAAUCCCACUACUUUAACAACAACAACAGAGGUAACUACACCUACCACAGGUGUAACGACAAGAGUUGAAGAAACCACAACGGAGACAAUUUCAUCUACAGCCACAAAGCCACCUAAAGAAGUCACCUCCGGCCCAUCAACAACUUCCACGACUGUAAUUGUUGAAACCUCUACUUCAACAUCACAGCCCACAACAACAGGUGAAGAAACAUCAGGGCCAGUUGUCAUAACUUCCAAUCCCACUACUUUAACAACAACAACAGAGGUAACUACACCUAACACAGGUGUAACGACAACAGUUGUAGAAACCACAACUGAGACAAUUCCAUCUACAUCCACAAAGCCACCUAAAGAAGUCACCUCCGGCCCAACAACCACUUCCACCACUGUAAUUGUUGAAACCUCUACUUCAACAUCACAGCCCACAACAACAGGUGAAGAAACAUCAGGGCCAGUUGUCAUUACAUUCAAUCCCACUACUUUAACAACAACAACAGAGGUAACUACAUCUACCACAGGUGGAACUACAACAGUUGAAGAAACCACAACUGAGACAAUUUCAUCUACAUCCACAAAGCCACCUAAAGAAGUCACCUCCGGCCCAACAACAACUUCCACCACUGUAAUUGUUGAAACCUCUACUUCAACAUCACAGCCCACAGCAACAGGUGAAGAAACAACAGGGCCAGUUGUCAUAACUUCCAAUCCCACUACUAUAACAACAACUACAAUUGCACCCACAACAAUGACACAUACCACAGGUGUAACAACAACAGUUGAAGAAACCACAACGGAGACAAUUUCAUCUACAGCCACAAAGCCACCUAAAGAAUUCACCCCAGGCCCAACAACCACUUCCACCACUGUAAUUGCUGAAACCUCUACCUCAACAUCACAGCCCACAGCAACAGGUGAAGAAACAUCAGGGCCAGUUGUCAUUACAUCCAAUCCCACUACUUUAACAACAACAACAGAGGUAACUACACCUACCACAGGUGUAACGACAAGAGUUGAAGAAACCACAACGGAGACAAUUUCAUCUACAGCCACAAAGCCACCUAAAGAAGUCCCCACGGGCCCAACAACAACUUCCACCACUGUAAUUGUUGAAACCUCUACUUCAACAUCACAGCCCACAGCAACAGGUGAAGAAACAUCAGGGCCAGUUGUCAUAACGUCCAAUCCCACUACUUUAACAACAACUACAAUUACACCCACAACAAUGACACCUACCACAGGUGGAACGACAACAGUUGAAGAAACCACAACGGAGACAAUUUCAUCUACAGCCACAAAGCCACCUAAAGAAGUCCCCACGGGCCCAUCAACAACUUCCACCACUGUAAUUGUUGAAACCUCUACUUCAACAUCACAGCCCACAACAACAGGUGAAGAAACAUCAGGGCCAGUUGUCAUAACGUCCAAUCCCACUACUUUAACAACAACUACAAUUGCACCCACAACAACGACACCUACCACGGGUGGAACUACAAGAAUUGAAGAAACCACAUCUGAGUCAAUUUCAACUACAUCCACAAAGCCACCUAAAGAAGUCCCCACAGGCCCAACAACCACUUCCACCACUGUAAUUGCUGAAACCUCUACUUCAACAUCACAGCCCACAACAACAGGUGAAGAAACAUCAGGGCCAGUUGUCAUUACAUCCAAUCCCACUACUUUAACAACAACAACAGAGGUAACUACACCUACCACAGGUGGAACUACAACAGUUGAAGAAUCCACAACGGAGACAAUUUCAUCUACAGCCACAAAACCACCUAAAGAAGUCCCCACGGGCCCAACAACCACUUCCACCACUGUAAAUGUUGAAACCUCUACUUCAACAUCACAGCCCACAGCAACAGGUGAAGAAACAACAGGGCCAGUUGUCAUAACUUCCAAUCCCACUACUUUAACAACAACAACAGAGGUAACUACACCUAACACAGGUGUAACGACAACAGUUGUAGAAACCACAACUGAGACAAUUUCAUCUACAUCCACCGAGUCACCUAAAGAAGUCCCCACGGGCCCAACAACCACUUCCACCACUGUAAAUGUUGAAACCUCUACUUCAACAUCACAGCCCACAGCAACAGGUGAAGAAACAACAGGGCCAGUUGUCAUAACUUCCAAUCCUACUACCUUAACAACAACUACAAUUGCACCCACAACAAUGACACCUACCACAGGUGUAACAACAGCAAUUGAAGAAACCACAACGGAGACAAUUUCAUCUACAUCCACAAAGCCACCUAAAGAAGUCCCCACGGGCCCAACAACCGCUUCCACAACUGUAAUUGUUGAAACCUCUACUUCAACAUCACAGCCCACAACAACAGAGGUAACUACACCUACCACAGGUGGAACUACAACAGUUGAAGUAUAUGUCAACAGUAAACGAAUCUACCCAGCUUACAGAAUGGGUGACAUUGCUCUAACAAGUACUGGUGUGGAGGUUGUGCUGGAGAUCCCUGAUCUUAAGGUUCAGGUGUCUUACAAGGGGUCAUCAUUUAGCAUCAACCUUCCUUACUCCCUCUUCCAAAGCAGCACAGAGGGCCAGUGUGGCUGCACCGGACCUGAUGGCAACCCCCAAAUGCCUGGUGAUACAUGGGAGAGUGGUUGCCAGCAGUGCACCUGUGACAUGGACUCCAUGAUUGUCCAGUGCCAGCCUAUCACCUGCCCCACAUCAGCCACACCCAUCUGCAAUGAGACUGGUUACAGACUGGUGAACAAGACAGAAGGCUGCUGCCAGAAAUAUACAUGUGAGUGUGAUGCACUGCUUUGCCCCAAAGUCAUGAUGGACUGCCAGCCAGGGUGGGAGGCAAUUAUAAGCACAUCCAACUCAAGCUGCUGUCCAGAGUAUACCUGUGUUCCUAAGGGUGUAUGUGUCUACAAUAACAUUGAGUACCAGCCUGGUGCUGAAGUUCCUAAAGGAACAUGUGAGAAUUGUAUCUGCAGCUCGACCAUGGAUCCUAGCACCAAGCUCAACAACAUUGUGUGCACAAAUAUAUCCUGCGACACUACAUGUUCACAGGGCUUCCAGUAUCAGGCCAUACCUGGUCAGUGUUGUGGGAAAUGUGUACAGACAAGCUGUGUGGUUAAUAUGCCAGAUAAGACCAAACACACUAUUCAGGUGAACGAAACAUGGUCACCACCUGGUGACAAAUGUGUGAUGUACACGUGUGACAAAAGUGAUGACCAAUAUAUACCAGUAGAGGUGAAGACUGUGUGCCCUGAUUUCAGCCCAGAGAUCUGUGUCCCAGGCACAGAAAAGACAGAUGCAAAUGGAUGCUGCAAGACCUGCACAGAACGCAGCAAUGUCUGUGAGAUGAAGUACACCACCACUAGCAUUGUCAUCAGUGGCUGUGUGACCGCUGAGCCUGUGGAGAUCAAUUCCUGCUCAGGAAACUGUGGAACCUCUUCCAUGUACUCAGCAGAGGCGAACACCAUGAUGCACUACUGCUCCUGCUGCCAAGAGGCGACCACUAGCCAGAAAGAGGUGGAGCUGCUCUGCCCUGAUGGGUCAAAGGUCAAGCACUCCUACAUCCACGUUGAGUCAUGCGGAUGUCAUGUCACAGACUGUGACACAGGCACGACUGCCACCCCGGGAACAACCAGACAGCGCAGGAGGAGGCGCUAA